UGAAAAUGCUCAUGAGAGGAAACUUGACCUAUGCGACGUUACUGAAACCUGUACAGUGUUGUAGCUGUGUUGGUCCCAGGCUGUUAGCGAGACAAGGUGGUAGAGGUAAUAUUUUAUUGGACCCAUUUCAUGCACCUUGUAUCUCUAAUUACUGACACCUGGUGAGAUAACCAUGGUAUUUGGUUAUUUAAAUUGCUGAUUGUAACCUGUUUUCAGGAAGAUAGUGGAUAACAAAUGGGGGGAUGGCCCUAUACUUUAAAGAACCCAUUACAGUAUCUCCUUCCUUAACGUCUUCCUGCUUAACGUUGUUUUGAAGUUACGUCGCUGCUUUAUUAGGGAACAUACUCGUCUAAAGUUAUGCAAUGCUCCCUUACAAUGCCCUUUGGCUGACUUUACUGAGGGCACAUUGCACAAGUUCCUCUUCUCUGCCUCCUCCUCCUCCCCCUUCCUCCUUCCCUCCCAGUGCUUCCCCCGCUGCCAAACAGCUGUUUGGUGGCGCAUAGGACUUUGGGAGGGAGCGAGCAAGUGGGGAAGCUGCCCCCCCCUUCCCUCGGCAAGCAGGGCCACGUGGAACACAGUGGCUUUAGGGACUGCAGGGCCCUGGGCUAAGGGGGCCUUGGUGCCCUGGCCUGCAGUUCUAAAGCCCCUUUUGGAAUGUGGCCCUGUGAAAAUGGGCAGGAGGACCAGGGGCAGCCACACAGCCAGCAGCUGGAAAGAAGCAUCGCUUUCCCCUUCAAAGCUGGCUGGAGAGAAAUGGAGAGCCACCUGCACACCCCCUGCACCAAACAGAAGCUGCCCCAGCUGCUGCUAUGUAAGUCGAAGAUUAAACCAGCUAUCAAGUCAUGAUCCCUUGUGGAAAAGACACUGCAAGAAAUACUGGCUUUUAUCUGAGGCAGAGAAGACUCUGAGAAAGCAGAGCUGGAAGGCUAUCUUCUUAAGUAUUUACUCUGAUUUAGGAAGGUAUAUUCAAUAUUAUGCUACACUUAAAAAAGCGUGGGAUGAUAUAGAGAGAUACUUGGGACAGCGGUGUCCCCGGAUGAUUGGUUCUUUGAAAGAUAGUGUGCAGGAGGAAGACCUAGAUGCUGUGGAAGCACAAAUAGGUUGCAAACUCCCUGAUGAUUAUCGGUGUUCAUUUCGUAUUCAUAAUGGACAGAAACUAGUUGUUCCUGGGUUGAUGGGAAGUAUGGCACUAUCCAAUCACUAUCGUUCAGAGGAUUUAUUGGAUAUUGACACAGCAGCUGGGGGAUUUCAACAGCGUCUUGGUUUGAAACAAUGUCUUCCUCUAACCUUUUGCAUUCACACUGGCCUGAGUCAAUACAUGGCACUGGAGAGUGUGGAGGGUCGUAAUAAAUAUGAGAUCUUCUACCAAUGUCCAGAUCAGAUGGCCCGUAAUCCAUCUGCUAUUGAUAUGUUCAUUACAGGUACUUCUUAUUUGGAGUGGUUCACAUCUUAUGUAAACAAUGUCGUAACAGGCGGCUAUCCCAUCAUCAGGGACCAGAUUUUCAGGUAUGUUCAUGAUAAGGAAUGUGUGGCCACAACAGGAGAUAUUACUGUUUCAGUCUCCACAUCUUUUCUACCUGAACUCAGUUCUGUACAUCCACCUCAUUACUUCUUCACUUACAGAAUCAGAAUUGAGAUGUCCAAAGAUGCUCUUCCUGAAAAGGCUUGUCAGUUGGACAGUCGGUACUGGAGAAUAACCAAUGCCAAGGGUGAUGUGGAAGAAGUUCAGGGUCCUGGAGUUGUUGGAGAAUUUCCAAUAAUCAGCCCAGGUCGAGUUUACGAAUAUACCAGCUGUACUACCUUUUCCACUACUUCAGGAUACAUGGAAGGAUACUAUACCUUCCAUUGUCUCUACUAUAAGGACAAGUUCUUUAACGUCAUAAUUCCCAGAUUUCAUAUGGUGUGCCCAACAUUCAAGGUGUCUACAGCACGCAUGGAAACUAAUCAUAAUGAAUAUGCUAUGGAUGAAGAUGAAGACUCAACAGAUACUGAUGAUUAUGAAGACAGACAUAGAGUCUUGGAUAUUCCUGCCCCUUCUGGACGCUGUCCACGUCAUACCUGAUUGAACUUUUUUUUUUUUAAUAAUAAAAACUGUUGGGCAGAGAAGAAGUUUAACUUCCUGGGGCUACUACAUAAGACAGUUUCUGAAUAUUGUAAAUGAAUUGUUUCUUGUCCACAGCAGGACAACUAGCAUGAAUAUUGGUGCCAGUUCUAACUUUCAUCUGAUUGGACUAUAGGGAUUUUUUUUGAAGGGUGGGGGAAGGAUUUUGUGUGUGUUUUUCCCAAAGUGCAAAACAGCUUGACAGUCUGAGGUAAUCAGAUCUUACAUUUUUAAACUAUUUCUUAUUUAUGAUCAUAUACAAACAUGAUAUGGGGAUUUGUUUUUAUAUAAGCAUUUAAAACUUAACAACAGACAGAAAAGUUUGCAAAAAGAUAUAAAAUGGCCUUUCACACUGACUUCCAAUUGUUAAUUUCUGCUGAGUGAAUGAAAUUUGCAGUUAGGCCUAUGUAACCCCAUUGGGUUGGAUCAGGUGCUCCUGUACAUUUUAUAUUAAUAUACGGAUAGCAUAAAAUUCUGGUGACUGAGUGCGUAAGUUUGAAAUGAAAAACACUUUAUUUUUCAGACAAUCUGUCUUUCAACUUAGUUUAUAAUAAAUAUCUGAGGAUGAUCACAGAUACAUGCCUUUUGGGAUGUAGUAUAAUUCAUAAUCUGCUGUUUACUAACAAGCAAUUUCUCAGUUACUACAUAGUAUAAAUUUGUAAAUACUGUUUCUGAUUUUUUCCUUUAUAUGCUGUUUGCUAUCUGACUUUGUGGUAAGUGACACAAAUUUUAUGUGUAAGACUAAGUAUUAUCAUAUGUUUUCCUGAAUCCUAUAUGGAUUUUUGUAAUUAUGCUUGAUUCACAAUUGGGGCUUAGCAGUACACAGAUGUCUAAAAGCCUUAUAUUUAAAGAAACAUUCAUUUGUUCUAUCAUUUUAUUUUAUUUCCACUGCUAUUAAAAUAAAUAUAUUGCCUCCAUUGUUCUAAAUGUUACUUGGAACUAUUCCUCUUGCUAAGAGUAGAGCAAGGAAUUAAAAGUUGCAACUGAUGCCA